AGUUAAUGACAAAGUUCCUAAAUUGUCACUUCGUUUUUAUCUCUUCCAGCUGUAUCAGUGGACGGACUCUUUGUGCGGCCAUAUAUCAUCACUCUCCAUUGUCACUCGAUUCAUAAACCAUCGACGAGGAGAGAAAGAAGAAGAGAUAUGGAGGGAGUAGAGCACAGAACAGUCAAAGUCAACGGCAUCAACAUGCACGUAGCCGUGAAAGGCCAAGGCCCGGUGGUGCUACUCCUCCACGGCUUCCCGGAGCUCUGGUACUCAUGGAGGCACCAAAUCCAGACCCUGGCCUCGCUCGGCUACCGAGCCAUCGCGCCGGACCUCCGCGGCUUCGGCGACACCGACGCGCCGGCCGACUCGUCGAGCUACACUUGCUUCCACGUGGUGGGAGAUCUCGUGGCGCUAUUGGACGCCGUCGUCGGCGACCAGGAGAAGGUGUUCGUGAUCGGGCACGACUGGGGUGCACUCAUGGCUUGGUAUCUCGGCCUGUUUCUGCCGGACCGAGUCAAGGCUCUGGUCAACUUGAGCGUGCAAUUCUUUCCUAGAAAUCCUCAGAUGAAGUUUGUUGAAUCCAUGAAAGCUGCUUAUGGGAACGACUAUUAUAUUUGCAGAUUUCAGGAGCCUGGAGAGAUAGAAGCCGAGUUCGCCCAAAUUGGUACUGCAAGAGUUAUUAGGGAAUUCUUGACCUUUCGCCACCCUGGUCCGCUUUUCCUCCCUAAAGGUAAACUCUUUGGACAUCCCCCAGAUGCUCCGAUCCCCUUGCCAAGUUGGUUGUCUGAGGAUGAUGUUAACUACUACGUCAGCAAAUUUGAGAAGAAGGGCUUCACUGGUGGCUUAAACUACUACCGAAACCUUGACCGAAAUUGGGAACUCCUUGCACCCUGGACUGGCGCUCAAGUGAAAGUUCCAGUUAAGUUCAUUGUGGGAGACCAAGACCUAGUUUAUAAUUCUCUUGGCGCCAAGGAUUUCAUACACAAUGGCGGGUUCAAGAAAUAUGUGCCGUUCUUGGAAGAGGUGGUUGUAAUGGAAGGAGUUGCCCAUUUUAACAAUCAAGAAAAGGCCGAUGAAAUCAGUGAACACAUUCACGACUUCAUCAAGAAAUUCGAGUAAUGCAUUGCAUCUCCCUGUGUAUUGUGUGUCAGUUUGUUGUGUUCUUGUACCGCUGCUACCAGUGUUUAUGUUCUGUAUUCGAGUCUUGCCUGUCACUUUUGAUGGCUAGCUACUAGCAAGCUGUUGUGGUCAAUAAUCAUACCAGAAUUGACUUUCAUUGGUUCA